AUGAGGUCAUUGAUCGCGUCGACCUCGAUUUUUGCUGUUCAACUUGCUAACGCCAAUGGAGCCUUGGAGACUGUCGCUCCUAUUGCCUCUUGUACGAAAGGAUAUGUUGACAACGGGACUGCUUGUAUUUGGGUUGAUUACGCAGCGCCCAACACCAUUUGUCCGAAAGGGGCCACUUACGAUCGGGGAAUGUGCAUUCAGAUUGCCAAGUCGCCCGCUGAUUUUGUUUGCCCAGCGAAUGCAGUUCCUCGAAACAAAAAGUGCGAAGUGGCGGAAACAGUGCAGCCUGUGAUGGACUGCCCUAAAGGACAUGUUAACAACGGCUCUGGAUGUGCCAAGACAGACUAUUACAGCCCCGACCGCGUUUGCCCCAAGGGAUAUAAGCAUGAUGGCGAUACAUGUUAUAAAGUUAACAAGUGUGAGGAAAAAGAUUAUGUUUGCCCUCCCGGAUACAUUAUUUCCGGGAAGCAAUGCCUAAUGAAGGAAUCUACCAAUCCUCAAGUUUCAUGCGCCCACGGAUACGAGCAUAAGAACAAUCAAUGCUAUAAGACAGAGAAGACAGACUUCAAAAUAUCUUGUCCGAAGGGCUAUAAGGCUGAUGGAACUAUGUGUUCUGCUUACCAGAAACAGCAUCCGGAUUAUGUUUGCCCUGAAGGAUCAUUGAAAGGAAAGAAUUGUGAAAUUGAAAUUGCCACCGAACCUUCGAUCGUAUGCCCCAAGGGCUUUGAUCUAGUCGGUACGUUGUGCCAGAAGGUGGAAACGACUCAGCCGCAGAUCGUGUGUGACAAGGGUUCCAACAACAUCAACGGUCGCUGCAUUACGUGGGACAAGGUUCCUGCUGCUCUGACUUGCAACGAGGGCGUGCUGGAUGACAAGAAGACCUGUGCAAUUAAGGAAGUGAUCGCGCCUUUGCGUAAGUGUCCAGAACACUAUGACCCCACUGAGAGCGGGUGUUUCAAGCAGUUCGUAAAGGACGUGACGAUCGAAUGCCCUAAGGGUUACAAACUGGAGGACACUGUGUGCGUGGCCAUAGUCAAAGAAAAGGCUGUGACUGCGCAGUGCACGAACCAAAUUGAAACUAUUUUGCCUGAGCUGUCGUGCAAGAAGGGAACGCUCGACGUGAAUGGCAUGUGUUUGGUUGCCGACCUGACUUCGCCUUCUGUGAGUUGCCCUGGCGGCUACAAGCACGACGGCAUGAAUUGUUUGAAAUACAGCCACGUGUCUCCGCAGGCGAUCUGUCCAGCGGGGUCCGUGGAGAAGCACGGUUGGUGUGAGGAGACGGUUACGACCACACCAGAGCUUUCUUGCCCGAAGGGUUACGUUCUUGGUACCGACGGGCAGUGCUCCAAGAGCAAGGUGGCCAGCUAUGUGUUGGACUGUCCGGACGGGUACAGAUUGCACCAGGGUGUGUGCAUCCAGCAGGCGAAGCAGUACUUCUUGACUGGUUCUGGUCCUCAGCAGAAACACAAUCACAAAUAA